AUUACUACGCCAUGUACUUAUCAGGAGUAUGUGUGUGGCUCAACACUAUUAACCAAUGGAUAUACUGCUACUACUGAAUUAAGAGCAGCAUACAGCGCCAAUCCCAACGCUCCGAAUAUUACAGAUGCCCAGCUGAGCCAGGUUCUCUUCCGCUGCAUCGAUCAAGCUGGCGGCGUUGUCGGCAACUCUUACUGUAUUGUCAACUGUGCUGUGAUUGGUAAUGAUACCGUCAACGAUGAGUGUACUAUGUAA